GCGGCGGCGGUUGCGCGCGCGGCGAUGGCGGCGUGCGUGGAGCAGGCUCCGCGCUCUGUGUACUUCUGCGGGAGCAUCCGCGGCGGGCGCGAGGACCAAGCGCUGUACGCGCGGAUCGUGGCGCGGCUGCGGCGCUAUGGGAAGGUGCUCACUGAGCACGUGGCUGAUGCUGAGUUGGAGCCGCCUGGGGAAGAGGCUGCUGGGGGCGACCAGCUCAUCCAUGAUCAGGACCUGGCCUGGCUGCAGCAGUCAGAUGUGGUCGUGGCCGAAGUGACACAGCCAUCCUUGGGUGUGGGCUAUGAAUUGGGCCGGGCAGUAGCCCUUGGUAAGCCAAUUCUAUGCCUGUUCCGACCACAGUCUGGCCGAGUGCUUUCUGCCAUGAUCCGGGGAGCAGCUGACGGCUCGAGGGUCCAGGUGUGGGACUACGCAGAGGGAGAGGUGGAGACCAUGCUGGAUCGGUACUUUGAGGCUUGUCUUCCUCAGGGGAUAGCUUCCUCCAGUAACCAAAGUGCCUGACUUAACCCUACUUUAUUAAAAUAAAAUUAAAUUUAUUUUUUACGUAUAUUUUAACUCCAUGUAUGUAUGUAACCACAUUCAUCCUGGUGCCCAGAGGUCAGAAGAGGGUACCACAUUCUCUGGAACUGGUAUUACAGAUAGUUGUGGGCCUCUGUGUGGGUGCUGGGAACUCAACCCAGGUCCUCUGCAAGGGUAACAAGUGCUCUGAGCUCUGAACCUUCUCUUUGGCCCUGGCCCAACUUUAUUAUUAAAUGCUGACCCCUGACAUUUCUCUGGAUCAUUCCUGCUCCAGCCUCAGUAGUAAGAAAAGGUUCAUUUAGCUGGGUAUGGUGGCACAACCUCAGGAGGCACAGUGUGGUGGUUUGUAUAUGCUUGACCUAGGGAGGGGCACUAUUAGGAGGUGUGGCCUUGUGGGAGGAAGUGUGUCACUGUGGGCGUGGGCUUUGAGGCCCUCCUCCUAGCCACCUGAGAACAGUCUGCUGGUUUCCUUUCAAUGAAGAUGUAGAACUCUCAGCUCCUCCUGCACCAUGUCUGCCUGGACACUACCAUGCUCCCACCUUGACGAUAAUGUACUGAACCUCUGAACCUGUAAGCCAGCCCCAAUUAAAUGUUGUCCUU